AACACUCAGCAAGAGUUCAUAUUUUGAGCCUGCUUUCCUGAAAAAAUGUCCCGUUGUAUAAGCAUAUUCAUUUUUCCAAGAAUUUCAUUGUUUGACAUUAAGUAGGAGUUUCUUAUACUAAGGACCAAAAUCGUUUCCCAUCAAAUAUAAUGUCUUUCUCACCUUCCCUCACUGCUCAGUCUCCUGGAUGUGCCACACAUCACCUCCUCGCGUCCUUGGCCGCUUCGGUGCCCGUUCAUGCUCAUCGGCGGGACGAUGCAAGGCGCAACUCUAAUGCGGUUCCUCGUCGGUUGGACGGCGUUGAGGCGCAACCCCGGCACCCACUGAGUACUGCCUCGGCUACAAACUCCCUCGGUGAGCUCCAUCUUCCUCCUGUUCCUCUUCUUCGGGACAUGGUCGUGGCUAUAUUGAUGUGGUGCUCAUCUGGUUGAUGCUCUAUGCCCUACUCAUGCAUCGGUUCCUGCUUGAGCUCUGUAGUUGUGGAUCCAUGCUAUUCUAGGGUUCGCAGGCUGCUGUUCAUGUUUAGUUGCUAUCAUAGGAGCUCAUGUGAUGCUCUGGUUUACAUGUGGAUGCUCUGGUCCUAUAGCUAUGCUACUGGAUCUGCUAAAUUGAUCAAUGACGUUCGUGCUAGGGCGAUGAUGAUUAACCGUGGCUGAAAUAUGUAUGCCUUUGAGUAAUCGAGGCACCUGUGGGUAUCAAGUUGGAUCCUCCCUCUUGUCUCUAGGAUCCUUUUUGAUCAUGUAAUACUUGUUGUUCUGUCAUUGGAUGGUCAUUCUUGUUGAGUGAUAACCAGGGCAGAUCCCCUGUAUUAACAGAUUGGUCUGGUGAUAAGAGAUGACGGGGGUAGGUUAUAUGACCGAGGAAAGGCCAAUCUGAGCCCACUAUGCAAUGAACCCUGAACCCUUUUUAUUUGUAUUUAAAGGUGUUGCUUAUCCAGAAACAUCCAGAAAUAAGAGAAGAGUGUCUCACCGAGCCUCCUUAGAGCUCAGGAAAUUCUGGCCGUCCGAUGCGUUUUCUUGAUGGGUUUUAGACCGUCGGAUCGAGCCACUGGAUGACCUCGGCCGUCGGAUCGAAGCCGAGACAUUGUAGGAAUGAAUAGUUACCGUCUCGCGGUAAAAAUCUCGUGCCACCGCGCGUAAUUCCUGUCCCCGUCGAGGGCAUUUUCAUCAUCUCAUCUACAGGGGUAUAAAAGGGGGGCCACGUACAUGGUAAAACCCUAGCCUCCUCUCUCCUCGGCUACAACCAUCCUCGGUGAGCUCCAUCCUCGUCCUGCUCCUCUACUUCGGCUAUUGUAUGUAACAUGGCUGUGGCUAUAUUGAUGUGGUGCUCGUCUGGUUGAUGCUCUAUGCCCUACUCAUGCAUCGGUUUCUGCUUGAGCUCUGUAGUUGUGGAUCCAUGAUAUUCUAGGGUUCACAGGCUGUUGUUCAUAUUCAGUUGCUAUCAUAGGAGCUCAUGUGAUGCUCUGGUUUACAUGUGGAUGCCCUGGUCCUAUAGCUAUGCUACUAGAUCUGCUAAAUUGAUCAAUGUUGUUCGUGCUAGGGCGAUGAUGAUUAACCGUGGCUGAAAUAUGUAUGCCUUUGAGUAAUCGAGGCACCUGUGGGUAUCAAGUUGGAUCCUCCCUCUUGUCUCUAGGAUCCUUUUUGAUCCUGUAAUACUUGUUGUUCUGUCCUUGGAUGGUCAUUCUUGUUGAGUGAUAACCAGGGCAGCUUCGCUGUAUAAACAGAUUAAUCUGGUGAAAAGAGACGACGGGGGUAGGUUAUAUGAUCGAGGAAAGAUGAAUCUGAGCCCACUAUGCAAUGAACCUUGAACCAUUUAAAAAAAAAAUUUAAAGGUGUCGCUUAUUUAUGCUCCAGUGGUUAUACCCAUAUUAUGUAAAGAUUUCUUCUCUCUCAUACCUUUAUUGCAUAUCAAAGUGCUGCUUUCAGGUGCUAGAUUAAUUUGGUCCUUGCUUAGCCAUAUAAUCACAUGCCAGAUAGGUCGCAUGGUUGAUUAGAAAAAGAUCAUUUGAGGGUCCAUGCGUAUUGUGGUUGUAGUUCUGCGAAUCAAAAUGUUAUUCUUGGUUGCUAGAUUAAUUUGGUUAUCCAGUCGGCUCCCAAUUUCCAGUUUCUAAUUAUAUGAGGAAAUGGUGUUUUAAUGUUAAUUACUUUGUUCGGUACUUCUAUUUUCUAAUUCUUUGCUUGAUGUGUUUUCAAUUGGGAGCUCUCCACUCGAAAGAUACCUCAACGCCCAGCCACCUCUUCACCACCACACGCCAGUCAGCGCACGAGGCAGCGGAACUAGGUUUGUCUUCGACCAGAGAAGUGAAGGCAUAUUGAGUACUGCAUGCAUAGGGUUAACUUGUUGCGGCACCACGGUGUGAAGCCAAUUCUUGUACUUGAUGGAGGCUUUUUUCCAAUGAAGAGCGAACAAGAGGUCAAACGUGCAAGGUCACGAAAGGAAAAUCUUGAGCAUGCCAGGGAACAUGAAGCAACUGGGAAUUACCGUGCUGCUUUUGACUGCUACCAGAUAGGUGUUGACAUUACACCUAAAAUUGCUUUCGAACUGAUCCAGAUCAUCUUGCUGUGGUUGCGUGAAAGGAUGGUGCUCGUGAUCUAUAUCAUGGAAAAAAAUUCCUGGAAUGCCUCUACUACCUCCUUCAUGUCCUCUAGGGUAUGUGGAAGACUGGAUUUGAUUUUAUCCUGGAAUGACAACUAUUGGUGUGCAACUGAAGAAUAUAUUUCAUGACCGAGAGAUGGAAUUUGGAUAAUCUUAGUUCUGAUAUGUACAUGAAUCUUCUUUUAUUUUGUUGCGCAACUGAAGAUAUGGGACUAUUUGCCCUGUGUAUUUCAUAUAAAUAAGGAAAUGGACUAUAGGUAAAAAAAAUCUUCUUUUAAUUAUAUUAUGUUGUCGAUGA